AUGGCUAAGAGUAUGCUGAUCUUGUGGACGAUCAGCUCUUUGAUUUUACAAGUGGUUAAAGGAGGAAGAUGUUCGUAUGUACCAGCAAUGUUUAUAUUUGGAGAUUCAUUAGCAGAUGCAGGAACUAACAAUUACAUUCCAAACUGUACUGCUCGGGCCGAUUUAUCACCAUAUGGCGUCUCCUCCUUCCUCAGCCCAACUGGUCGCUUCACAAAUGGCCUCACUGUUUUCGAUUUCGUAGAAAGCGAUGCAUUUGUGAUUGCAGCUACUCAAUUGGAGCUCCCUCUCAUACCUCCGUAUCGCGAACUCCCUUUCAACCAGUCAAUUUAUUCCUAUGGGGCUAAUUUUGCAUCGGGGGGAAGUGGGUUGUUGGAUUCAACAGGCCUUCGGAAGAGAGUUGUUAAAUUGAGUGAUCAGAUAUCGAAAUUUGAAGAAUUCUCUAGGUGUGAAAGUCAGAAGUCGUACCUGAGCAAUUCUUUAUAUUGCAUUUCCAGUGGAGGCAAUGACAUUCGGCCCUACCUAGAGUCACUGUUCAAUCAGAGUAGUACGACACAAACACCAUCAUACAACGAGACAGACUUAAAUCUCAGUAGCCUGAAAAGCACACCAUUCGUCAAUUCGCUAGUUAGCACACAUCGUCGAUACAUCCAAAGGCUUCAUCGUGCUGGUGCAAGAAAUUUUCUGAUACUCGACAUCUCCGCUGUAGGAUCUUGGGAAUAUAACGCUGGUCUGAAAGAGGUUGUGGAUGACCUGAAUGAAAAACUACAUGGAGUAAAUAUCAUCUUACUUAAUUCUUAUGAUUACUUGAAAAACAUGAUUAGAAAUGGCGAAGGUUUUGGUUUUUCAGAAACAUUAUCAGCAUGCUGUGGAUCAGGAUUGCUCGGAGCCAAUGUGAGCUGUGGAAAGACCACUCCGACAGAUCAGUAUUGCGAUGAUCCAGACACUCAUUUGUUUUGGGAUGCAAUGCAUCCCACACAAAAAGUUUACUCCAUAUUUUCAAAUGAAAUAUGGGGAGGAAAUUCUUCUGUUAUGUAUCCAUUUAACCUUUCCACACUAAUCUUUGGAUUGAAUAAACAAUGA